CCUGCACUUUCUUCAGAAAAAUAGUUUCUGUUUUCCCCACCCUUCUCUUUCCCUUCUGCUCAUCACUUUCUUCAAUGGCAGCUUUUCUCUUGCUCGUAAGGCGCCUCUACUUCGCUCUAUACAACUGGAUCCUUUUCAUUGGAUGGUUUCAAGUUCUGUAUCUCGUUUUGAAGGCAUUGAAGGAAUCAGGUCAUGAACAUGUAUACAGUGUGGCCGAAAAGCCUAUGCUUUUUUCUCAAACAGCUGCUGUAUUAGAGAUAUUUCAUGGCUUAGCAGGGUUGGUGAGGUCUCCAGUAGCAGCAACGUUACCACAGAUAGCUUCAAGACUGUACUUAAUGUGGGGCAUAUUAUGGAGCUUCCCUGAGACUCGGACUCACGUACUUGUUAGCUCCCUGCUAAUUAGCUUUUCUAUUACCGAGGCCGUUCGUUAUGCUUUCUAUGGCAUGAAAGAGACUUUUGGCUUUGUACCUUCAUGGCUUUUAUGGCUAAGGUAUAACACCUUCUUUGUGAUGUUUCUAACAGGCAUCAUCAGUGAAGUAGGUCUAAUAUACAGUGCCUUGCCUUUUAUUAAGGAAACAGGGAAGUACAGCACAAGGAUGCCAAACAAAUGGAACUUGUCAUUUGAUUACUCGUACGUUGCCAUUGGAGUAUUGGGAAUCUAUGUUCCAGGCGUUCCACAUCUGUUCAGACAUAUGCUUGCUCAGAGGAAGAAGGCACUCUCAAAAUCCAAAAGGGAGUAGUGGGGAUUUGUAUUUUAUUACGAUGAGUUAUUGAACAAAUAAUGUCAUGGAUUAUCAUUAGACCUGCUAAUAAGUAUUUUCUUACACAUUAUUUAAUCACGGUAUCAGUAUAAAAUAUAAAAUUUAUGAUAAGUUUCAUCAUUUUUAUAAAUAAUUACUUCAAUUUUAAACUUUGUGCAUUGGGAAACCUUAUUUCUAUUUAUUUUAUUUUGUACUUUGAUAUUUGAUGCAAACGACAUUAUGAUGUCAUAAUUUAAAUUAACAUUUUUAGUAUGCUGUUUCAUUUUCACUCAGGUGUUUUUCAUACUUCAGUGGGUAAACUGACAACCAUAAGGCUGCAGUGAUACUUGAAUAUAAAUCCCAUGCAGGUG